AUGACAAUUCUUCUAUAUGACUAUCGGGAGUUGGAGGAGAAGGCCGCCACUCAGCUGAAAGCUUGGAAAGUAUGGCAUCUAAUAAUAUUUGCUCUCGCUGGCGGUUUCGGCAUCUUGAAUUACGUAUUUCUGCAGAACACAAUGGAUCUAGUGGACAACAAUUGCGUGUUAUUUCCACGCCAGCUAAGUUUCAAAAUGAUAGACGUACCAAUCGGAAAUACUAAUCCAAACGUAGGAAAUGUUGAUGCUCAAAAUGCCGUUCAUAUUGACAAUGCUACGGACGUGAAAGCGAGGGAAAUUGCCGAAAACGCAACGAACACGAAUAAGCGGGAUAUGACCUCAAUUAGCGAUGACAGUGCGCAACGUGUGGAAGAGCGUUUAGUGCUGGACACUUCAAGAACACUCUUUGGGCGCGAUACUGACUGCGAGUUCGCUGAAUACAUGCCUGUAAUAUCGCUGAUUUUCGCAGCCGCUUGGGCGACGAUGUUUACUAUGUGCCCGGGAGGAGGACAACCUAGAUCCGGGUUACCUCAACCGUGGCGGAUCCUAGCACCUGCUCUUAUCUUUGCCCUCGUGAUGGUAGGAUUAACUGGCCAUAGUUUCACCCGAAUAAACGCGGGGCUUGUCGAGUUUUGCUCCGCGUUUUACAACGUAACAAAUACAACUAGUUGCUCAGCGUUAGACGCACACUUAGAGAGGUCCUGGUCUGCUUCAUGGUCAUUUGCUGGCCGGGCUGCUGCUACGCGGGCAGUCAGCGCUGGUGUUUGGGCUAGCUGGGCAUGCGCAGCUACACUUUUUUUAGUACGAUGCCUCGCUGCUCCUGACUUCAAGGUUCGACGGACUGGAGCGUACCUGAAAGACCCUCAGAAUAAAGUAACACCAUAUCUGAACAAGCCCCGGCGUCAAAUAAGCAAAGAGUCCCCAAGCAAACCGGACAUGACCUCUCUUAGAUCUGAACCAACUAUCACUACGGAGUUGGUCACAGUCUCCAUAGAGCAAGACCAAGACACCGCACCUACAUCACUUCAAGUUACGCCAAUCAAAACGCCCAAAAAAGAAUCUAUAGAAUUGAAAUCACCGCCACACAUUUUAGACUAA